UCGCAACACAACAGCGAGUUGCUCCUUCCCAACAGGAUCUCUAGGGAAACGUCGGCAGCACUAUCUCGCUCCUAGACUGCAGCCUCAAGUUUCUGCGAACCUCGCCGCUAUUGCAUGCACUUACCACACAUCUGCGCAUCUCGAUGCGGCUCUUAGAGUACCGAGAAGAUGGAGAGCUCAGUAUCACCGCUAACGUGGUUGACGAAGACGCAAUUCCUCCUUACGCAAUCCUGUCUCAUACAUGGGGAGCGGAGGCGGAGGAGGUCACCUUCGAAGACCUAGCAAAGAAUGCUGGCAAGGACAAGCCUGGCUACAAGAAGAUUGAGCUCUGCGGAGAGCAGGCAAAGCGCGACGGCUUACAUCAUUUUUGGAUUGACACCUGCUGCAUCGACAAGGCAAACAAGGCUGAGCACUCGCUAGCCAUACAGUCCAUGUUUCGCUGGUACCAUAACGCAGCACGCUGCUAUGUCUACCUGUCAGACGUGUCGGCGUCCUUGUGUCAUGGAGCCAACAAAGAAGCGGAACUGUCGCAAUGGGACUCACAGUUCCGGCAGAGCAAAUGGUUUACGCGCGGUUGGACGCUCCAAGAGCUUCUCGCACCUGGCUCCGUCGAGUUCUUCUCGCAAGAAUGGACGAAGCUUGGUGACAAGAUAUCACUUGCACAAAUGGUUCACGAGAUCACGGGUAUUCAGACGCUUGCGCUGGAAGGGGCGCCUCUAUCUAACUUCCUGGUCAACGAACGAUUGCGCUGGAAAGAAGCCCGGGAGACUAAACGUGAGGAGGACAGAGCGUAUUCGCUGCUGGGCAUUUUCGAUGUCGAGCUAGCGCCGAUAUAUGGCGAGGGGGCGGCGAGAGCGUUCAAACGUCUGAUGGAUGAGAUCAACAAGCUAGAAAGAUGCGUUCAAGAUGCGCGCCACACUGACCCGCGUGACGACAAGAAGCGCAUCGAGGAGACCAAAGGCGGACUCCUAGCUGGCUCCUACCGUUGGGUGCUCGACGACACCACUUUCCGGCAGUGGCAGCGGGACCCGCGCAGCCGACUGCUAUGGGUUAAAGGCGACCCUGGCAAGGGAAAGACGAUGCUGCUCUGCGGCAUCAUAGAUGAGCUGCAUCGCUCACUGCCCAAGACGGCCCUUCUGGCAUACUUCUUCUGCCAAGCGACCGACUCGCGCAUCAACAAUGCUGCAGCUGUGCUCCGAGGGCUGUUGUACAUGCUCGUGAGCCAGCAACCGGCCCUUGUAUCGCAUGUCCGCAAGAAGCACGAUCACGCAGGCAAGGCCUUGUUUGAGGAUGCGAAUGCCUGGGUAGCGUUGACAGAGAUCUUCGCGGACGUGAUACGUGACCCACAGCUAAGAGCUACAUACUUGAUCAUUGAUGCACUAGACGAGUGUGUCACUGAUCUGCCGAAACUGCUUCACUUCAUCGCGAAGCAGACUUCUGCGUCUUCCCGUGUCAAGUGGAUUGUGUCUAGCCGCAACUGGCCUGAGAUUGAAGUACAGCUGGAGCAAGCUGGCAACAUGGUCAGACUGAGCCUUGAGCUGAACGCGGAGUCUGUAUCGGCUGCCGUCAGCGUCUUCAUCCAGCACAAGGUGUUCCAACUGGCACACCAGAGGAAGUACGACCAGCAGACGCAAGACGCGGUGUUGAAGCGACUGACUGCCAAUGCAGACGGCACUUUCCUCUGGGUAGCUUUAGUGUGUCAGGACCUUCAAACGACGGCAAGACGGAACGUUCUAAAGAAGCUGGACACCUUCCCGCCAGGCCUGAAUGCGCUGUACGAGCGGAUGAUGCAGCAGAUCAGCGUGUCAGAUGAUGCUGAACUUUGCAAGCAGUUGCUGGCUUUAGCCGCGCUCGUGUAUCGACCAGUCACGCUGGAGGAGCUAGUGGCCCUUGCUGAGCCGCUCGAAGACAUAGCCGACGAAGCAGAGGUGCGGGAGAUCAUCGGCCUUUGUGGAUCGUUCCUCUGUCUGCGAGGAGACAUCGUCUACUUUGUGCACCAGUCCGCGCAAGACUUUCUCUUUGCGAAAGCGUAUAACGAAAUUUUUCCGCAGGGAGUUAAAUCUACGCAUCACGUGAUCUUCUCGAGGUCGCUUGCCCUUCUGUCAAGAACGUUGCAAAGGGACAUGUAUGGCCUGGAAGCGUUAGGAACCGCUAUCGAAGACGUUCAACCGCCGAAGCCAGACCCGCUUGCAGCCUCACGCUACUUGUGCGUCUACUGGAUUGAUCAUCUGUACAACUCGAAGCUUGAGUCCUGGGCAGACGAUAGUGGUGACUUGGAAGUCACAGGCGCCGUUAAUGAGUUUAUAAAGCAGAAAUAUCUGUACUGGCUAGAAGGGCUCAGUCUGUGCAGAAGCAUGGGAAACGGUGUAGUUUUAAUGGCAAAACUAUGCUCUCUGGUCAAGGAUCUAAAUGACGAUAAUGAGCUUGCUAAGCUUGUUCAAGAUGCCAGCCGGUUCAUCAUGUAUCACAAAGGAGUAAUCGAGAACUAUCCUCUGCAAACAUAUGCAUCGGCGCUGUUGUUUAGUCCGACGGGGAGCGUGAUCAGACAGUUGUUCAAGCACGAAGAGCCGAACGAAAUCGCCAUCAGGCCAAGGACAAGCGCUGGCUGGAGUGCUUGUCUGCAGACGCUCGAGGGCCAUAGCAAUUGGUGCAAAUCUGUAGCCUUCUCGCACAACUCGAGCAAGCUGGCGUCAGCGUCACACGACAAGACCGUCAAGAUUUGGGAUGCGAGCAGCGGAGCGUGUCUGCAGACGCUCAAGGGCCAUAGCGAUUAUGUCGACAAGCUGGCGUCAGCGUCAGACGACAAGACUGUCAAGAUAUGGGAUGCGAGCAGCGGCGCGUGUCUACAGACGCUCAAGGGCCAUGGCGGCGAUGUCACGUUAGUCGCAUUCUCGCACGACUCGAGCAAGCUAGCGUCAGUGUCAGACGACAACACGGUCAAGGUGUGGGAUGCGAGCAGCGGAGCGUGUCUGCAGACGCUCAAGGGCCAUAGCGAUUAUGUCGGGUCUGUAGCCUUCUCGCACGACUCAAGCAAGCUGGCGUCAGCGUCAGACGACAAGACUGUCAAGAUGUGGGAUGCGAGCAGCGGCGCGUGUCUACAGACGCUCAAGGGCCAUGGCAGUAGGGUCAACUCUGUAGCCUUCUCGCACGACUCGAGCAAGCUGGCGUCAGCGUCGCACGACAAGACCGUCAAGGUGUGGGAUGCGAGCAGCGGCGCAUGCCUGCAGACACUCAACGUCGAGGAACCAUUGCUAUACACAGCUCCGGAGCUUCUAGCGAACUCACUCCCGCAGAAACCCCUCCGACAGAACCCCCUCAGACAGAAUCUGAGCACCCUCUCAUUCUAG